UUGUUCUUCCACAAAACUCUCUAAUAUAGGGAAAAAAAAUCAAAAGAAAGUGUGAGAAGUUUUAAUUAAAGAGAGAGAUGGGAAACAGUCUAAGGUGUUGUCUAGCUUGUGUUCUUCCAUGUGGAGCGCUGGACUUGAUCAGGAUCGUCCAUCUAAACGGCCACGUCGAUGAGAUCACACGCUCAAUAACCGCCGGGGAGAUCCUCCAAGCAAACCCAAACCAUGUCCUAAGCAAACCAUGUUCCCAAGGAGUUGUCCGCAAGAUCUUGAUCUUGUCGCCUGAAUCCGAGCUCAAGCGAGGAAGUAUCUAUUUUCUCAUCCCUGAUUCUUCCUUGCCGGAGAAGAAAAGAAGGAGAAAAGACGGUCACAAGACUCUCAACAACAACCCUAGCGCUCACCUCGGAGAAGUUAAACGUGGUGAUCAGCAGUGUGUGAAACUGAAUGAAAAGUACUUAGAAGAAGUUGCGUCGUCGACGUCAAAUGGUAAAGAACACCGUCAUCGCCGGCGGCACAGCAGAUCGGCGUCGGUAUCCUCGUGGCGGCCUCACCUUGACAGUAUCACAGAGGAUCUUAAUUAAUUACUCUUCCCUUUACCUCUCUCUCUCGCUCUUUUUUUUCUAGCCAAUGGCCAGAUUCUUAUUUUGGAGACAUCUUUUUUUUUUUGUGUGGAAAAUCUCACGAGAGGAAUUAUAUAAUGUGGAUAAGUUACAUAUGUGUUAAAAUGGUGUUGUAAUUUCGUGUCACGAAGCAUGAUUAUUUUUCAAUGGAUAAACAUCGAUUCAUCGUCAUAACAAUAGUAAACAAGAC